GCCCUCUUCCUUUCCCUUCUAGCCUCACGCUGAGAGGGGCGGCAAUGCGCAUGAGUUUUGCCACCGCUGUGACUGCCGGGUAGUUAUGGAUGCUCACGAUCUGUUUCGUCGCCUCGGCGCCGGAGCCAAGUUCGACCUGAGACGCUUCCAGACGGACGCGGCCCGAUUCCAGCUAGGAAAAAGGAAAUUUGACUUUGAUUCUUCAGAGGUAUUAGAGGAACUGAACUUCUUUGGAAGGAAGAAACCUACCCCUGCUGAAAAUGAAGCCUCAUUGGAUAAUACCCUCUCCAAGGAAGAUAAGAGACUACAGCAAAAAGCUGAAGGUGAAGAGGAUAACAGAAUUGAAAGGAAGAGGAAACGGAACAUGAAAAAAGAAAAACAAACUUCUGAAACUAUUUCAGUUAGUUCCAACAAGGAAGAAGAGACUAUACUAUGGAUGUCUUCACUGGAAGCCAAGAUUAAAAAUAAAAAAGGAAAAGAAGAAAAUAAACUAACUGCAGAGAAAUUGGAACGGCUCCGAAAGCAAAAGAUAAACUGCCUCCGAAAUAAACACAAAAUUCACAUCCAAGGAACUGAUCUUCCAGAACCUAUUACUUCAUUUCAACAACUUGACCAGGAAUAUAAGAUCCACUCUCGACUACUCCAAAACAUCUUAGAUGCAGGUUUCCAGACCCCCACGCCAAUCCAAAUGCAAGCAAUUCCUGUCAUGCUUCAUGGUCGUGAACUGUUGGCUUCUGCCCCUACUGGAUCUGGAAAGACCUUGGCUUUUAGCAUUCCUAUUUUAAUGCAGUUGAAACAACCAACAAAUAAAGGCUUCAGAGCACUGAUCAUAUCGCCCACACGAGAACUUGCCAGCCAGACUCAUCGAGAGUUAGUAAGAAUCUCUGAGGGCACAGGAUUCAGAAUACAUAUGAUACACAAGGCAGCUGUGGCAGCCAAGAAGUUUGGGCCUAAAUCAUCUAAGAAAUUUGAUAUUCUUGUGACUACUCCAAAUCGACUAAUUUAUUUGCUGAAACAAGAUCCUCCAGGAAUAGACCUAAAAAAUGUGGAAUGGUUGGUGGUAGAUGAAUCUGACAAAUUGUUUGAAGAUGGAAAAACUGGUUUCAGAGACCAGCUGGCUUUCAUUUUCCUGGCUUGCACAUCCCACAAGGUCAGGAGAGCUAUGUUCAGUGCAACGUUUGCACAUGAUGUGGAACAGUGGUGUAAACUCAACUUGGACAAUGUUAUUUCUAUUUCCAUUGGAGCAAGGAAUUCUGCGGCAGAGACUGUGGAACAAGAACUCCUAUUUGUUGGAUCUGAGACAGGCAAACUUCUAGCCAUGAGAGACCUAAUUAAGAAGGGUUUCCACCCACCUGUCCUUGUUUUUGUUCAAUCCAUUGAAAGAGCUAAAGAACUUUUCCAUGAACUCAUUUAUGAAGGUAUUAAUGUGGAUGUGAUUCAUGCAGAGAGAACCCAGCAGCAGAGAGAUAACACAGUCCAUAGUUUCAGAGCAGGAAAAAUCUGGGUCCUCAUCUGCACAGCCUUGUUAGCAAGAGGAAUUGAUUUUAAAGGUGUGAACUUAGUAAUCAACUAUGACUUUCCAACCAGUGCAGUGGAAUACAUCCAUAGGAUAGGUCGAACUGGAAGAGCAGGACAUAAAGGGAAGGCUGUUACAUUCUUUACUGAGGAUGAUAAGCCAUUAUUACGAAGUGUUGCCAAUGUGAUACAGCAAGCAGGAUGCCCUGUGCCAGAGUACAUCAGAAGUUUCCACAAGCUUCCAAGCAAACAGAAGAAGAAGAUGAUUAAGAAACCAUUGGAAAGGCAAAGCAUUAAUACAACGCCAAAGUUUUUUUUAGAAAAUGAUGAAAGUGAAAAAAAAAUUACUCAUCAGAAUGCUGGAAAGAAGACAGUACCUACUAAAACCAGAAAUAAUCAGAUUUCAAAAACUAUUCCAGAAAUAUAAUUCUGUUGGCUUUAAGUAUUCUAUUAUUAAAUGCUAUUUUCAUGGAGCACUUUGAGUCACCUAUCUUCUAGACUGAAAUAAAACUCCAGGAAGCUCUCAGUUCAGAAAGUGAUACAUGGUCAUAUGUUAUCACUGUUUCUUAUCAAGUUUCAACUUUCAGGUGACUUUAAGGAUAAUGCUUUGGAAGGAGAAUCAUCCUUGGAAAUGUUUGUGACAGGAAUACUUCUUAUAGAAGAUCUAGUGCAUAAAUGGGCCAAAAAUCACCCAAAGAUGAGUGAUUAUCUCUGGAAAUUUCAUCUGUAGAUGGAAGGGAUGAUCACUGCUAGAUGGCUCAGCUUCAAGUUCAGCUGUGAAUUUGAGAACAUCUUUUCAAAAUGUGUCUGGAAUCAUGAAAGUCAAACAUUGUGUAGCCUAACAUUUGCUUAUUUAACAUUCCUUAAAUAGCUUGGGAAUGCUUUUGUGAGAUGGACACAACAAAGGACCCUCCAUUCUGUAACUCCUGACUAGAGUAAUUUAAGCCCCCAGAAAUGAGUUCAAGCUCUUCCUGUCUUCAUAUGAUUGGAAAACCACCAAAGUACUCCAACUGUCUUGUGGAGGCAGUUAGACCACUGCCAGCAGUGCCUCUUUAUCCACCACUUAACCAUAUUGUUGCAUCCUAUCUUUCCAUACCCAUUGGUUUUAGUCGAAAACUGAUCUGUGGAUCAUCUUGAUAGGAAUAAAUGUUCCUAUUACUUGAUAUUCUUUUGGCAGCACUCUUAUUCAAUUGCCUCCCUAAGGGUUUUUUGUCCUCAUUUCAUCUAGUAAGCUAAUCCUUGUCAAAAGUACUACAUAGGGAAAUAGAAAUUAUUCUUUGAUGCUUGUGGGCAUGGCAUUUUUAUAAAUGCUAGUUUUGUACUAUGGAAUAAAAGUUUCUUGAUCUCAAGAAUGUGACAAAA